GGUUGUGUCACGAGUUCCCAGCACAUUACCUCGAUCAAAACAACAACAAACCAUUUCGAACGACUCAUCAUUCGAAGGUUGCAGCGGAGUCAAGUUCAGUUCAAAGUUUGUUCUAUAUAUAUAUUUUUUUCUAGUCGAUUCUUUAGCCUCUUUAAAGCAAUUUUUAAGAUUCGUUWGUGCUCAUAAUGUAAAGAGCGCCUAAGAAAUUAUGGCCGCGAAGAACGCAAAGCCAGCGAAUUCGUCAGAUUCRGAAAACGAGUGGACUUUCAUUGACACCUACGACGGAACAAUCGAGACAAGAAAAAAUUGUGUUACUUAUCGAAAGCCCACAUAUUCUGAAGCUCUGAAGGGAGUGAGUGAAGAAGAGCUAGCUGAAGUGGAAAGCGAACCAGAGUUUGAAGUCCUUGCAAGCUUUCAGUUCAGGUCCAAAGGAGAGUCAUUUGGCAUUGGAAGCUCAGCRCCGAAAAAUACCAGAAGCCCAAAUGUACRAAGAAAAGCUGAAAGCGAUGAYGUGAUAGGUGAUGAGRGCGGAAAAUGUCCAGAAGAUGACAUYUUGCUCAUAUCAAAACAYGAUGACCCAGUUUCUUGUGAAAGUGAUGAUGAUGAUGUUGAUGUUGAUGACAUCAAAAGCAAUGGAACAGAUGAUGCCAUUGUUGUUGUUGAUGAAGGCUUUUCAUUUGACACCAUAGAUGAUGAUGAUGAUAUGAUUGACUUGGGAGAAUCUAAAUCUACAAAUGAUUGUAUAACAGCUGAUGGUGAUAAUGAAACACAAAGGACAUCUUUUAUCAACACUAGUCUUAACAACAUUUGUAUUUAUGAUGAUGASGAUGAGGAUGAUGAACCUAAUGAUGUCAGCGCCCCWGUAKUGAAACCAGAAUGUAGCUCGCCUGUCAACAAAUGGCUUCUCUGUAUYGAUGCCCUUGAAUCAAGCAAAGACCUCGCAUGGGAUAACUUAACCUUCAACUUAAUGAACACAAUGCCAUUAAUGAUGGCCAGUACAACUGCUGUAGACAAUGUAUUAAGUGCUGUCAGUCACAACCAGGACAGUGAUCAUUCUGACAGUAGUUUUGAACCAAUCAGCAAAAGUGACACUAGCAGYAAUUCAUCUUAUGACAACCUUGAUGAYUUAUCRGAUGAUGGUGAUGACUCAGAUAACACACUUUUGAUUCCAAAAUGGUUUUUCAACCCUAACCACAAAAUACUCCCUAAAGACGAUCCCAGUGAUGACAACAGUUUUGAGUUGGUGGAUGGAAAGACAUUUGAAUCAACCAUUCCAGGCUGGCUUUAUAAUGAAAGUCAUGAAAGCUGUAAAGRCUUGACUUUAAAAGACACCACAAAUGAACUUAUCAUACCAAAAUGGCUUCAUGAACCAAAUCACAAUACUUGUAAARACUUGGMRGACAACUACAAUCCUAUCAUACCAGCAUGGUUCUAUAAUCCAGAUCACACCACGUAUGAUGAAACUAUUSAGCCUGUAUGUAAYRAGGACAGUGAYUCAGACUGGGUGUACACAGAUGAYAGUGACUGUGAUGAAGAMGAUGAUGAUGAUUCCACUAUUGCAAUCCCAGACUGGCUGUUCAGUGAAAGGAAGAGCUUAAAGCACCACCAGGAAGACGAUAGUUUGUUGUUCUCCCAACUGUUUGUGGAUGUCCCAACUUUCAUUAUCCUGCUUUUCUUGACUACUGCCCUUGGAUUUAGCAUUGGACAUGGUUUGACUGUCUACUUCGGUGCUCAGUCUCUGAAUCGAAACACCAAAUUACAAGCACCCACAACUCAAUCCAACGUAUUCCCAAAUGAUCUCGACCACAGAAUGCUUACUGCAGAGGAAAUAGCAAAAGUUGACUUACUGAAACUUGAAGAUGAGAUCUAUAGACAAAAAGAAGGCGAGUUGCUUUCAUCUCAUCUUAGACACGACCUUAAUAACAUACACAAAAGUCUUAAAGAAAAGCAUAAUCGCCUGCUAAGAAAUUAUAAGUCGGCUGARGRUCGGCUUCAUAUAAGCAAGAGUAUGUCCUGGUUUUGGCGUUUAAAAUAUGACCAAGAGAAACGACGCAAUGAGAACUCAAGCUCGGUUGUGUAUCUUCAAAMGCAGCUGCAAAGAAUAGGUGCUUUAUACGAGAAAGAGAAAAAAGUCGCCAAUAAAUGGCGGCGAUACAAGAACACUCGUUUCCCAAUAAAGAAGAYAAAUAGUUCCCUUGAACGUAAUACAUCAAAGGAAAAUAUCUACAAUGCCAAAGCGUCUCUAGCCAGCAAAUACUGGGUUCAAGCAAUCUUAUCAUCACAAUCAAUUGAUUGGGAAGGUUUCAAGAAAAGAUGGACACAGGACCUGAAGAAACUCAAAAGUGAAGUUUGUUCCUCAAGUUCAAGUCUCUCUCUAAAGGGCAAGGCUUCUAAAAGGAAUCCAUUKKCAGUCAAUAAAACUAAACAAUUUUGUAAGAAAGGAACUGAUUUGGAUAAACYGCAUAAUUUAGCAGACAAAAAGGGUUCGGAUUUCAUAAAAACCAGCAAUAUAGGAUUUCAAAACACACUGCAUCAGAAAGUCUUUGGUCCGCCUGUGCUUUCACCAGUAGGACCUCCGAUGGGACCUCCAAGAAUGAAGAGGCGUGGACUAAAGCUUGGCCCUAUAAGCAUUGACAAGAUGUCAAAGAAAGGAGAAACUGCUCGUCGUCAAAGGAAUGAAAGACUUAAGAAAAAAGAAGCUCAGAGGAAAGCACUUGAAAUCAAACUCCAAGUCAAAGAGCUAAAAAACGUCAUAGCGGAACUUCGAAGAGAAAGACGUAAAGCAGAAAGAGAAAAGUUUCAACUAGAGGCGAGUUGGCGUAAGCUUAAAAAACAACGUGAACAAUUCAAAAAAGAACAGAUUCGAAAGAAAAAAAGKGACAAAAAGAAGUUAAAAAAUAUUAAGUCGAAACUUGAAAGGGCGAAAACAAAACUUAAAUCGUGGAAGAACGUUGCCAACGAGUUUAAGAAAAAAGCAGCGAACCUUGAACGUGAUGUACAAAAACUCUCUCGCACAAAGAAAACUCAAAAAGACAUUAAGAACAUUAAGCGUGUCUUAAAACUUGAGAAGAGAAAACUUCGAGAACAGCRUCAAGAUUUGAAAACAUUGAAACGAAGACUUCGUCAAGAACACCGCAAUUACGCGAGAGAAGGAUGGAAACUUGCGCAGAAGCAAAAGAAACUUGAGCAAAUGACAGUGUCGAAAGMAUCUGCAAAGACAACUCGUAAGAAGCAAGAGACGCAAAAGACCAAAACGCCASUGACUCGCCCUAAAGGAGACAAAAGAAAGAAYCGUCGACCCUUUGAAAGCAGGAAGAGUAACAAGAGUAAAAAAUCACGUUGGAAACAAAAGGACACAUUCCUUAAGUACUGGGAAACAUUAGAGAAAACCCUGAAAAACUUCACUCACAGCUUGAAAAAAACAGUCARGGAGAAAUCUGAAGGAAAAAUCAAAAAGGUGUGGAACAGAUUGCAAGAGAAAUUURGAACACUGAUCAACUUUAAUUGGGCAAAACCAAGAGACUCAAAACCACCAUUCAGUACCAAGAAAAAGCACAAGAAGAAGAAACAGAAAACAGAGGCUUCUUUGAUUUAUGAGAAGGUUCUGGCAGAGCAGCGUGAAUUUGAUCGACGAAAGCGAAAGGAGUUGGACGAAUCAAGAAAGCAAAUGAAGUCGAGAAGUCCAACUGUCAUUUCAAAGAACAAAGAAAAGCGAAAGAUGGCUCCUGAAGCAGUUGUAAGAAAGCGYCGAAAAAGGCAACGCAGGAAAUAUCAGCGAGAACUAGAACGACUGCAGCAGUGGGCCCUACAGAUGAACGAGAAACAAAUUGAGCAUGAGCGCAUGUACAACGACAAAAGACGAGCUGAUUGUACCAAUGAACGAUCCAAAACCAAGUCAAAAAAGAAAGCUAUACAAGAUGCAGAAAAUGAUCUGAAGUCCAUUAGAAGUGAUUAUGAGGACUCGAUCGAUGACUCGAGUAACUUGACAAAYACGCUCAUGCUUGUUGUUCAGCCUGAGUUCAAUAAUCACAAGUACGAAACGUUUACCAAACUUGAUGCCGGAACAAAAGAGCAUCCUGCAGAUACUCAAARYAUCAUUCAUGAUAUUACGAUGGCUCAAAUGAAACACGAUAAGAGAAAGCAACAGAGCACUGAGCUAACCAUCCCUUUCGACGAUGAAAGUGCAAUGGUACCUUCUACACAAACACCGUCARCUUUAAAAAAGGAUUACUCGAAUGAUGAGCAGGUCUCCAACAAACCAACUCCACCACUUCUUGAUCCUUCGUUGUAUAACAAGUUUGCCAUGUUAGGCAUUAUAGAUUCACAUAAAGGAGGCUCCAUUGGUCUUCCCAUUCCUCCGACAGUUGACCCUUUGGAAAUCAAAGAUUCUUCAACUAAGCAAGUACGUGAAACACCAAAGACGUGGUAUAAGGAUAAGACACCGGAAUCGUGGAUUCCCCCUCCAGGACCUCUGCAGUCAGACAGUUCGUGGCUUUUCCAAAAARUGRCUACUGCCCCAGAAAAGCGCCAGGAAGACACAUCUCUGACUAAAAAGAAGGUUGGUCCAUCGGAGUCCAGUUACAGUAAAGACAAGGAUACCUAUGGAAAAGACAAUUGGAUGUUUUUACGAGCCAGUGGUCGUGCGCAUCAGCGGAUACUGUACGAGCCUCUCAACAAGCAAAGUGCAAAAGACCGAUCCAAAAGGAAAUCAAAGAAAACAUACUUUUACCGAUAUGGACAUAAAGGCAAAAACAAGGACGGAUCGUGGGUUUUUGAUCGAGCCAGUGAUCGUGAMGUGCAGCGGUUAAACAARGAACCAUGGUAUAUGCGUCGUGCUGAGGGAAGAGAAGGUGACCGAGAWGAGGAAAAGARUACUUGGUUCAUUGAACGUGGUUUUGAGCGAGAAGUACAGCGCAGUGAAGAAGAACCACAUGRUUAURAUGAUGAUUACGACGAUGAUGAUGAUGACGAUGACUACUAUUAUGAUGAUGAUUUUGGACAUGAUGUUUAUGAUGACAUAUCUGCAGCCUGAUUGUUCUGAUAGUUUAUAAGUGUGCCCAGUGUCAGGUAACUGUGUUGUGUUCUGAUAAAUAUUUCGUGGGUUAAAAACACUAUAACCUCGACCUCAAGAGCAAUGUACCAUUUUGGGUAAGGGAGCAAACAAAUACCUACGAAUUGUUUGUCCCCUAUACCCAACGUGGCAUUCGAAGUGUGUAGUUCAAAAACACUAUUCUUAAUGCGAUUACAGUAACUACAAUAAGUGAUGUUCUGACAAACUGCAGAAUAAUCCAACGUAAUGACAAGGAGGCAAUGAGUGAUAGUUUAUCAAAGAAAUUAUAAGCAUCUUUGAAAGACAGCCUUUUCUGUUGUCAUGACAAAURACAACGUGUUAUUCUGCAGUUUACCAUUGGUAUAGUAGAAAGCCCAUUAACUUGAUUUAAUUUAUUUGGGUUGGGUUGGGUUAGAAAGACGAACUGUUUUGGGUAGACCUCUUUAWUCGAAAGCUUACUUUUUUGAUCGAAAACAAGUAUGAUUUCGAUACUAUAAGUGAAAAUGAUCAGAAUAUGCGUUGUAUUACAAAGUCGAAGCAACUAUUUAUGAAGACAGUAAUCUGUAAGACCCAAUGACCUCUACCAAUAGCGAUAUGUUGAUAUUAAAAACGAACGUAUAUGUACUGUAAGAUCUAAUAAAUUAAUKAAGUAACUAUAGACACCUCCAAAUAACAUCGUUAUGUAUCAGGAUAAUCUUACACUAUAUGGACACCUCCAUAGUACCAAGCCAAGCUCUCGAUGACAAAUAUUGUUAACCUUAAUGUAAACCUCUAUUAUAUCGUCCACUCAAUGGCGAACCAGUCUAACCCUACCUAAUAUUGACAUUUCCAUUGUGUGACCCAUUCAUUGUCGUGUCGGGAAAAUGUUACYUUAUGUGGACAAGUCCCAGAGUCCUCCUCUUCACUCGAUGGUCUACCACUCAGGCUAAAAUUGUAGCUCAAUACCAGUCACUCGAUGAUGUGUCAAACUAGUCUAAUAUGAAUGUUCCAURAUACUACCCAMUUGGCGGURUACCAGGMCAAUCUUCCCAUAUUUGGAURUUUCAAUWGUAGUAUCCAUUCCAUGACGUAYCGAAGCUAACCUUACCUCAUGUGGACAAUYCCACUACUGCCCACUCAAUGGUUUACCACGUCAAUAUAYAUCUUAUAUUUACAACCAAGAAGUACCACCUCGAUGGUGUGCUAGCUUUACCUUACCUGGACAACCCCAGUGGAAGUCAGGUCGAAUUUCUUGGAUAUUUCCAUAAAGAUAUCCAGUCGAUGUUGUAGCAAGCUAGGCUGCCUUACCGUAUAUAGGUAACUUCUCAGUGACAUCUACCCGAUGGUGUACCAACCAACCUUAUCUUUUGGAAAUAUAGGACCACUUACUCGAAGAUGUACUUGGAAAACCUUACUUAAUUGGAACACUGACAUAGUGAUACCCACUAAAUGGYGAACAAUCCCAAUCCCACUACCUUUCAUAGGUGAUGAGGKUGAUUCCACAGUAUCGUGUACUCGAUGGCAUAGUAGGCCAACCUUACCUUAUGGAACUACAGAAUCACCCACCACAUAAUGUACUAAGAAAACCUUAAUUUAAUUGAACAUUGCCAUAUCUUUCAUACCUUUCAUGGAUGGUUCCACAGWACCAUCUACUCGACGGUAUUUCAGGCCAAUAACCUUAUUGAACUAUAGGACCACUCACUCGAUGAUGUACUUGGAAAAGCUUACCUCAUAUGAGCCUGUCCAUAAUGCUACUSACUCAAUKGUAUACMAGCCCAACCUYAACUUACAUUGGUGCCUACACAGUACCAUCUACUCGAUGCUAUACCAGGCCAACCUUUCCUUACAUGGAUGGGCUAACAGUACCCUCUAAUCAAUGGUAUGCCACGCCAACCUUACCUAAUGAAACUAUUGAUGUACUUGGAAAUACUUACCAUGUAUGGACAGCUCUAUAUAGUAUUUAAUGGUGUAGGAAGCUAACCUUGAGUUAUAUGGAGAUUCCUAURGUACUCCCCACUCGAUGGUUUAAUAGACUAACCUUACUUAAUACCUCUAUAGUACCACCCACUUGACCCAGCACAUCGGAAAACCCUACUAACAAUGGACUCCUCUAAGUAAUGCUAACCCGAUCGUUUCACAUACUAACAGUUGAAUACGCUUUAAUGUUUACUUCCUGUUAUCAUUGUAUUCUGAUAAUAUUUUCUUAUUAAUCGAACUACCUUUGUUUUGAGAUUUUKCUGAACUCGAUCAUUGCAGUGAACGAGUUUAACAUUUUGUGGAUAAGUGUAUGUAUUCUUGCACUUUCCGUAACACUUUAAAGAAAUCAUAGGGUCUAUAUUAUUUGGUCUUAUACCUAAUAACUUGAAGCAAGGAUUUAAAAGAUAAAAACAGAAUGCGGCACAAAUUUGCACYCUAUAAUUUCAUUCCAACAAUUUGGUAAAAUUUGAUACGACAAUUUAAAUCUAGCGGUCACCAUUAUAAGGGUCUUAUAAAACACAAAAUAUUUUUCACUUUAACCAAAUUUUUAGACUUUUUUGCAGUUUUACGUCUUCAAAAAAUCAA